ACUUCACAAUUAAUAACGUUUUUUUUUGUACGUUUUCUUAACUGUCAUGUUUCUUUCGAUGUGUAAUAAAAAUACAGCCCAUAUCUUUAAAUUGUGUUAUUAAAUAAAGUCCACUAUUAUCGAAGGUGACCGAUAACGGUGUCCUUGGAGCCGGAUGUGUGAAAAUAGCCAGUUUUUUAUCGGACUUUAAAACUUGGACCUUAUUUGAACGUUUUUUGUGACUACUCUAGGACAAUUUGGUGGCAAUAGUUUUGUGCCUAUUGUGGACUAUCAAGGACCUUUGUUAAAUUGCACUGUUUUAUUGAAAGCUUUAGGUUUUUUUAGUAGCAAUUUGUGAACCACAGUGAUUUUUUGAUUUUUUUUGGACCUUAAAGUGAUUUUUAGAGUGCCUAUAAGCUCUAAAUACAUAUGAACCGUAAUUAAUAAGAAUUUUAUGUUGUGGAAAUGCUGAUGUCAAAAGUGGAUUAUAAACUCAGGGAAGAUAUACGUGAAGAAUUGCUUCGACAUCUUCAGGAAAAAAACCAAAUAAUCCCAAUCUCAAAGUCGUUUUUCCUUUUAAAAUCAAACGAGAAACGCGUAAGUUUUGCCUAUGAUUUAUUGCAGGAGAACAGAAUUCUGCCUCAGUUAUCCAUAGACAAAAAGAAUAAUAAGAAAAGUGAAGAGUUUAGGCAAAAAGGUAAUGAAUGGUUUAAAAAUAAAAAUUCCAAAAAAGCGCUUGAGUGUUAUACUAAGAGCGUGGCUUUCGCUAAAUCAGGUAGCCAAAACUUAGCACUCGCAUAUGCAAACAGAUCAGCUGUUUUAUUCGAAAAUGGACUUUAUCAAGAAUGUCUUAUCGACAUCAAUUUAACAUUAAAAAAUGACUAUCCGGAGAGGUUAAUGUCCAAACUUUUAGCAAGACAAGCAAAAGCAACUGAAUUAUUGCCAAGUCAGAAAAAAGUUGAAUUUUUAACUCCCGUUCCAAGUAUACCAAAGAAGAGGCAAAAUACGUUAAUUCAGAGUGCUAUGGACAGCAUUCAGAUAGAAGAUUCCAAAGAGUUGGGUCGCCAUAUCAUAGCUUCGAAGGAUAUUGAACCUGGCGAAAUUAUAGCUGUAGAGGAUCCUUUUUGUCAGACCUUGAUAGCCCAAUUUCUCACACAUUGUCACCACUGCCUUAAACUCUGUUAUACUUUAAUUCCUUGUGAAAUGUGUACAGAAGCGAUGUUCUGCAGCGAGAGUUGCAAGUUAUUCUCAUACGAAUCUUACCACCAGUUUGAAUGUAAAAUUUUAUUAACAAUUCAACAUAUGGAACUUAUGUGGAGACUAGUUCAUUUAAGGAUCACUAUAGUGGCAAGAAGCGAAUAUGAUAAAAUCAGUAAUCUUGUGCCAGACAAGGAAGGUAUAUACAGAAGUGAUAGAUAUAACGAAAUACAUAAUUUGGUAGCCAAUACGAGCAAACGGUCUGUUUCUGAUCUUUUUAACCGCGCUGUUUAUGCUGCUGCCUUUUUUCAUUUGCUAAGAUCUCAUACCUGUUUCUUUAAAACUGAUCUUUCAGAAGAUGUUUUUAAAAAUUUGUUACUUCAUCAUAUGCAGACAGGACCAUGUAACUUUCAUGAAAUUUUAGAACACCCAUCCUCUGAUAAAUCUAUGGAAGGAUAUGAGAUUGGAAGUGGUGCCUAUUCAUUUUUAAGCAUGUUUAACCAUUCUUGCUGCCCUAAUGUGGUUAGAUACAGUUAUGGCUCCACCACUGUUCUUAUUGCACUGGAAACCAUUAAAAAAGGAGACCAAUGUUUUGAUAACUAUGGAUAUCACUAUGCUGUGAUGCCAAAGUCCGAUCGCCAGGCUAAACUUCAAAAACAGUAUUUAUUCAAAUGUUCAUGUAUCGCUUGCACAAAUGACUACCCGCUUUAUGACAAUUUGAAAGAAAUUAAAAGACGCGAGUUGCUUAUAUCCCAAAAAGAUUUACACUCCCUAGAAGAGGGAGAUCUGGAAAAGGCGAAGAAAAUAUUUCAAAAAACAAUUCGGGCCAUCAAAUUAGUGGAGAAUACGAAACCUAACAAAAAUUUAGCGGAAAUGCAAGAAUGUUUAAAACAAAGCUAUUUUAUUUUUAAAACGAUAAACACUCCUAUAUAACUAAAAGUAUUUUUGAUAGCUAUACCUGUAUAAUACCUGUAUUAUAAAAAUGAUAUAUCUUUUAUGCCUUAAUGUGAUCAUGAACAUUAAGGUUUUCCACUAUUUUCUGAAGAAAUAUGUUAAACAUUUACAAAAAUGUACAGAAAUGUAAAGAACAGCCACUAUAAAUUUAGUUCCUGCGUGAAUUCUCAAAUAUAGAAUUUCGUCAAAA